AUGUCUGCUCAUCAAGCCAACACCGCCCGCAUCAGCCGCCUAGAGGAACUUAUACUGGCGAUGAAUAUUAAGAACAAGGCGGAUGCUCAACCGGUACAGACAAGUCCAGGUCGGGUUGACCUACAGAAGUUUUGCACAUCGGACGGCCCGAUCUACCGCGGACUGUUUCAGGUGGUCGAGCCGUUCUUACGCUGGAUCCACCGUGUACAGAUCUUUUUCGACACUAAAGACGUCAAUAAUUCGGCCGACAGAAUCAAGAUCCUCGGUAAUCUCAUUGCGGAGACCAACCUCCAGUCCUUCUACGCCAACGAGGCAUCUGGGUUCCUGACCAAAUCCUGGAACGACUUCAAAACUCGGAUGUUCAAUUUUGCCCUCCCCACAAACUGGCGCUCAGGUUUACAACGACAGAUCCGCAAACUCAAAAUGUCGCAGGCUGAAACCUUCCUAGACUUUGACGCCAACGAGACCUCCAAGCUUGGCAACCUGCAGCUGGCCCAAUUCCUGGUCUAUGGCCUACCGGACGCCCUUCAAGACCGGAUUAACAAACGCCAGCUAUUAGAGGUGGUCCCGUUUGAGAAACAAGCAAACUCUUCCUUCCUAGCGUUACAUUGCACCACUGAAACGCCUGCACCGGUGAGGACCACACCAAGCGCACCAUCUACCCUCGCCCGCGACGAGUUUGUCUGGCGAGUACACUCAUACCUCAACUCGCAAGGCCUUUGCCACUUCUGCAAGAAGCACUGCGGCAGUGCAAACGGCUCCUGCCCCGGACCAAUCAAUCGGUCGCGCAUUGACAUCCCAUCGUCCUUCAUAACCCCGACUAAACCGCCGGACUAUGUUGCCCCGCGCGCCUGGGGUAAGCCGGCUGCCGCGCCAGGAAAGUCCACGCAAGCUCCGGCAGGGCGUCCUUCAACCCGCGCUGCAAGUGUUGCAGGCAUUACGGACACAACACCUCUUGAGGCCCAAGUCUCUGCGCUGACACUUGAUGCAGCUAUGCGAGAGGACGGGCGCUGGGACACCUACUUCGAUGAUGAGGGAUGCUUCCCCAGUCUGGAAUGGGAGGGGACAGGACCGACAGGGGAUGUCGCCAAUGUCCAAGCACGCGAGUGCCUGGAGGCAGCCCGGACUGGAUAG